CCUGACUUGAACUGCUCGCUGAGCAGAGCUUUUGCAGUCCAUAUCAUGUCUAUAUAAACCUCUCAGACGUCCGCUCAACCUGGCAACUGUUUCUCAUCAGCAUCAGACAGAGUCACAGAGUUCCAAACAAAGCAGCAGCAUUCAUACUCUCGCUACACUUUACCUUCCAAGUCAUUCUCGAUUGCAAAAGAUAGACCACCAUCACCAUGCAACUCCUCUCCGAGUCCACCGUUCUGUUCGCCCUCGCUUCCUCCGUCUUCGCCGCGCCGCUUGCUGUCCGCACGCAGAACGAGGUCCAAAUCACCUUCCUGGGCGCCGCAGACGCGCAGUUCACCCAGAGCUUCCCCACCGAUGGCUCCACCGUCGCUAUCUCCAACCCCCUAAGCAUCUCACACAUCGCCUCCAGCACCGCAGGCGUCACCUGCACCUUCAUCGGCAUCGACCACUCCAGCACGACCGUCAGCGGCGUAGCAACCGUGGACGUGGGGCCCCCUCAGACCCAGACCCAGGGCUCGUGCACCGCCGCAGGGGAUCCCACCACUCCUACCCCGGACCCAUCCACCCCGGCCCCGGCCCCCGUUGAGCCCUCCACCCCCAGCACCCCCUCCGGAGGCCAGGGCUCAUCCGUCACCAUCACUUUCCAAGGCGCCGCGGACGCGCAAUUCUCUCAGUCGUUCCCGCUCGACGGCACCUCCACGGCCAUCACCAACCCGCUUAGCAUCUCGCACAUCGUCUCCAGCACGGGGAAUGUGCGUUGCACCUUCAACGGCAUCGACCACAGCGUCACCACCGUCAGUGGCGUGCAGACGGUUGAUGUCGGACCGCCCCAGACUCAGGUGAACGGAGCUUGCACUGCUGCUUAG